AUGCUGUGUUCCUGUAUAGCAAAGUGCAUCAGCGAGUUGAUUCUCAUCGCGAUCAACUGCGUUCUUGCGCUGGGCGGAGCGCUAGUGCUCUGCGUGGGGAUCUACUUGAAGCAUACCGGCUGGGUGGAGGUGAUCCAGGGCUACUGGUCUCCGAUUGAUGAGAUCAUCACUGCGCUCAUCGUCAUCGGCGCAGUGAUCAUCGGUCUGGCCGUGUUGGGCUCCAUCGCUGCGCUGUGUCGCUGGCGCUUCGGACUCUGUGUGUACGCGACGGUGGUGCUCCUCACCUUCAUCCUGUUUGUGAUCGUGGCGGUGGCGGCGUUCGUGCUAAGACAUCGAGCUGAAAGCUGGGAGGACACGACGUACCCAGCCAGCAGCACUGAGGAGUCCGUCAAAGAAAAAUUCGACCAAGCGUAUUGCUACGCACAGGGCGCGUACGUCUGCAACCAGGCCUCGGUCUCGGACGCUCUCACCAUGUUCAUGCCGACCUUGGAUUCGUCCAUCUCGUCGCUCUUCGAGAACAUGACAGGUGGUGUCAACGCUCUGUGUGAUGAUUACCUGAGCGACUACGAUGCGCUUUCGAGCGUCUGCGACGGCUGUGACCAAGCACGAAAGCUCAAGAACUUCUCGUCUUUGAUCGACUGGACGAACGAACAGUGCGGGCCCACCAAGGACGUCCUGAUCUGGUGCGGGUCUUUCCUCGCGUCGGGGAGCACCAACAGCUCAAGUGGAGAGGCUCCGUACUCGGAAUGCCGCACAGAGUUCCUCAAUCUGGUGGAAAAGUACGCACUUUGGCUGGGCAUUGGCAGCAUUAUCCUGUGUGCCGGUGCCCUGAUGGUGGUUACCUUCGCCUGCAUCUUGCGGCACCGAGACCGCCGUCCACAAGCCCAUGCAGCAUACGGACGUUUCUAA